AUGAGUGGCUGGCUGCUCAACCUACUGGCAAACACAAAGUUCCACAUCGACAGAGCCAGAGUAGCUUUCGUCUUCCUUUCCAACCUGCUCCUCAUUAACAUCCCAUUGAAAAAUGUCCAGGUGAAAAAUAUUUCCUUCAAAUUCGAUUUCAUAAAAAGAAUAAUUACAUUUUUCUCCAAAAAAAAAAAAAAACAAAAAAAAGCAACAACAUGGAGGAAGAAGGAGAUCCACGUCGAGUCCCUAAGUUGUACACUCGAUUGGAGAGAAUACGAAGAACACAACUUGGACCACAACGUCUAUGCGAGGUUACUACAUGAAUCGCUUGAGAAAAGGAUUAUUCAUUCCAUUUGGAUUAAAUUGCUACGCCUUUUUUUGGACGCCAUUUUUAAACACUACUUUUUACGGGUAGGCAAGCUCUGCGUGAAGAUUCGCUACCGCCAUGCACACACACAUGGGGAGGUGUGCGGGGGUGGUCAUACCUGCCAGACGAACAGGAGGACCACCUACCAUUUGAUUCUUUGCGACGUUUGCCUUUUUCUGGACCACUAUGGAGGGACUACAAAUUGGCAAGUUGGGGAAAACCAACACAAACAGGCCACUCCAGGCAAGUGGAAGGACCAUCUGUCGGCCCCCCCACCGAGUCACCUCCGGUGUAGAAAAAUCUACCUGAGAAAGGAAAACGAGCGAACCAACAUAAUCCUGGUGAAAAAUGUUUUUUUUUUUGUCAACGAGAAGAGGGCGUUUGUUUCUAUGCUUCACCUGAACGGUCAAGCGUGCGAAUUGAAGGAGAUUUUCCACAGAUGGAUAAGGAGGCAACCAGGGGACCACUUUGUAAAGGACUUAAUAAAGGUCCUCCUCCAGAGGAACAGUGUGAACCCCCCUCUGUGGAGCUUCCUCCAGGAAAAACUGCCAAUCAUAUCCUCCCCCUUCGUUGCCCCAAUUGGCCCCAAUUUAGGGUCCACUUUUACCGCAGAAUUUUUUUCAAAUUUUUUUUUUCUCCUAGACAGUCUCAUUGUUGAAUUGCAUUUGGGGGGCGACGCCGAGGUGCACACCCGGGGAAGGAAGUUAUUAUUUGAAACCCCCUUGGAGAAGGUCGACUCAUCCAUUUGUAUAAACCCAUUGGAGAUGUUCUCCCUGUCGGUGAAAUCCCUCCUAACAUGGACAGACAAAAAUGUAAUUUGCAUUAAUGUGAAAAAGGCUGACAAGCUCCUUUGUGACGUCCCUAUGGAGGAUGACCUGGACAAAUGGCAAGACAAAUACAACGUAGAGGAUAUCGAAGCGGUGCGUUGUAAAACCUUCCCCUCGAGUAGAAGUAGACAUAGAGAAAACUUCCUCCUUCGGGAGGGAUCGAACAGGUACCGACUCAGUCUAGACAACUCAUGUGUAAUAAUCCACCUGGAGGAGUUACUAACCCUACAGAGGAGGUUAACCUGUCUAUUCGGGUUAGGGUUAUGGUUAGGGUUAGGAGUAGGACAUGGUGAGGAGAAAUUCACGGGAAGGAUUGCCUCCCCAUCAGAGGACACACCCCAUCGAGGUAACUUCAUAACGGAGGAAGUUCUCAUGUCACUUUUUAACUUCACCAUUUAUGUUAAUAAAAAUUUGAGCAAGUCCCUCCUGUUGAAGCGUUAUCCACUUGGGAAACCUCGGGAAGAGGAGCUACCCUACGGCAUGUGUGCCCAGCAGGGAAAGGAAGGCAUACUCAAACUGGAGGUGCAGGAAGUGACAAAUCAUGCAGUUAGAGACGAUCCAUGUGGAAAUAACCAGGGGGGAACGGUCAACACAGAUGAGGAAGAACACACACAUACGGGGAGGACGCGUGAAGGGAGUCCACAUUUCCACCUGAACAAGGUCAUACUAAAGUGGGUAUAUUAUCAGCAGGGGGUUCUUUACGAGUACGCCAUAAGUGACCCCAUGGAUGUUAUCCUGAAGAGAGAGGAGAGGCAGGACGGGGGAAGACUCUCUCCAGUGACCAUCGCCUAUGUAGGAAUGUCUACAUGGUACCUACUACCGGAGCAUAUUAUAUUUGUGCAUGAUUUGUACCUGUUGUAUUGCCAACAAGGAAGGAAAAACCGCUUCCCCCUGAGGAGCAAAUUAAUCAGGAGGAACAAGAGAAGACGUUAUGACACCAUGAGGAGGGUCACCCACUCGAGCAGCUACAUAAUUCUGACCCUUAAAAAAUGCCAAAUACAUUUGUUCUGCAUUUCACGCAACUUUGACAUUUAUUGGAGGGUCUGUAGAUACAUUGGUCAUGGAGAUGUGAAGCCACCAAUGGAGACAAGGGGGGAUGCCAAAGAGACUCCUCCUCUAGCCAGCAUCUGUACGAACUUCAACCUUGUGUACCUCCUAAAUAUCACGUCGACUGGGGAAUGCUCGUCCAAGCAGAGUAGUAGGACCUGUUGUAGCCACUUCUACCUGAGCAACGUGGGCAUACAGGUGAGCGAACUUCAAAACCGACUGAGUCAGGUGUGCAUCUUUAAAACAGACAAGGUGACCAACUCAAAAAUACAAUCACAACGGGGGAUAAGUGAACAGCCACGCCAACCGAAUAACCGCUACGACGUCGUUAUACGCAUGAGAGGUAAGAAGGUCCACGUGGAUAUGCGUAAUAUCGCACAGGUGACCUUCUGUAGUUUUGUUAUGUACGAGUUGUACGCCUCUGUAAUUAGGAUGGUGAACGGGGUGGACUGGGGGGGAGGGCUGAGCAGCCAACCAUGGGGACUGUCACAGGGGGAGUCACUUGCCAAUCUAGCAGCAGAACCAGGGGCAGAAACAAACAGCUCUCUGCACACCUGGAUGAAGAAACGCCGCUACAAGAGACGUGUGUACCAUUUCGUGCGAAGAGGAAGAAACACCCCCCCGAUGAGCGAAAGUUACCACGGAGAAAACUCUCCCAAGGAAUGCGACUGCCAAGACGAGGGAGAGUCCCCUAAGCAGAGCAUCCCCCUUCACCAAAAAAGUGUUAAAAAAGUAAUCCAUUCUUUGCGUAACAAGCGCAAUCUGCUAAAGUACGAACUCCAAAUAGACCUAAAAAGUCAAGUAGUAUUCGUCUCGGCCGACCAGGUAUACUCCCUGCAUGAGUUGCAAAAAAUUACAAAUGAAGAACUGAAGAGGAAUGAACACACGUUAUGCCUGACUGGCCGGUUGUCUCUCCUCUACUUUGAUCCCCUCCAAAGGGAGAAUAUAAAACGGUGCAAGUUUAUGCAGCUGCAUUUGGAUGCCCACCAAGUGAAGGUCAGGAAGAGGACCCAUUCAAACAAAACGUUUAAACUCUUCCAUUUUGAGAAGAAACUCUCCCAGAGGGGGGGUCCCCCCAUACCUGGCGUUUUUUCCCCAUCGUUUUACAACAUUUUUCGCGCUGCAAAGAGGAGUCACCCUUGGGGGGGUCGCUCGGGCCGUUACUUCAUCGUGGAGUCCACCGUGAGGAACGUCGACGAAGUGAUGCACAAAGUGGUGAACAAAUGGAUAGACGACGUGGUAGACGACGUGACGAACGAUAUGGUGGAGGACAGACCCCCUGGGGGGACCAGAAAGUACAACUCCGAAACGGUGAUCCGAGGAAGGGGUCUCCGGAUGAUUUACAAAACGAACGACUUCUUCUUCUUCCUGAACAAGUACCUGCUGACCGAUGCGUGUUACCUCUUCUCGGCGAAGCGUGCCGUGGAGGAGGCGGCCCAAAACCCUGAGGAGGUCGACACGGAGCAGUAUAUGCACAACGAGAGUGAAUACCUGUACUUCCCCGAAGCAGAGGUGGCAGACCCGUUCACCCUCCGAAACAGUCUCUCACGGAAGAGACAAAUUAAAAUAGGCAUCCCCAAAACGGAGAAGAUGCAAGUACGCACCAUUGGAGAGCACUACCCCGGGUAUAGAGUCAAACGGAGCGAAUUGAAGACCCUCCCAAUCAGCCUGAACAAGCACCAACUCGUCCUAAACAAAGUCAUCCUCUUCCUUCCAUCCAUGACAAACAACAGGAACUUCCUAGUUACACAAAGUGAUGUAAUCGUAAGAAACCACAUUGAGCUUAAAAAAAAAAAAAAAAUUGAAAUUUUGGACAAAACACAUGUCUACUUUUUAAACAUGCAAAUGCAUUCUAUGGAUGGAUCCGUCAUCACGAGAAAUCUUAACAUGAUGAUAAUGCACAUGAGAAGCGUUUUGUCAAGACUACCCAAGCCAUUCACUCUUUCUGUUCAUGUGUCUGGCGUCGUUCGUAUCUCUCCCAGGAGCUACAAACUACUGCAGGACAUCUUCCUCGAAAAUGUUUUGGGCAAUCAUUUUGAGCAUGUCCAAGGGAGGCACUACAAGGGGAAAGCUCCCCCCGAUGGAAAAAAAUUAAACGGAGAGGUACCAAGUAUAAACGGGGUAAGUACUAAUAAAGGACGGCGAGUCAAAGAUCUGGACGUACGUCUGCACUUUUUGCACAUGCAGGUCGAACUUCAAAACGAUUCCUUAAACAGCAGAAUGAAUUACCUCUUUGGAAAGUUCGUUUUUGCAAGAACGGUGAGAUACUUAGGGGAGGAAAAUAUCGUAACGUAUGUUAAGGGAAUUGUACCCCUUGUGAUGAACACCUUCUAUGAGUAUCCCUACGAUAUUCUCAUGCACCACAGGAAGUUGAACCCGAGGAAGUAUGCCAAAUGGCUAGCUCGCAUGAACCAGUCAGAUGUAGAACAUAACGAACAUUCAUUCAAUUAUCUCCUAAGGACCAAGUUGAGAAAAUAUGCACGAGUGAAGAAGAAAGAAAGAAAAACUUUCCACCUUGUAUACAACCGGGUUAGACGAGACCAACUGGGGUGCGACGUAACGAAUCACGUGGAUGUCAAAAUAGACAGGAUCUACCUGAACACGGACCCAUUGCAGUUGUUCAAUUUGUACACCUUCUACUUUGUGGAUGAUAGGAACGUCCAUCUAAGUCGGGUGGAAAAGUUGUUCCAUCGGGAGGGGUGUGCCAAGCUGUUCGGCAAGGCACCCCCCUCAGAUGAGCAAUUCGCCCAGAGGGGGCAUUCCGCUCACAUGUGGCUGCCCCACCAAACGAGCAUGGAAAACCUCAAACUGGAAAGCAUAAAAAACGCCCCUCCAGAGGAACCACUCGACAGACGCAUCCUCAAAACCUACCAAAGGAUGGUAAAAAAAUUGACCAGCUCCGACUUCAGCAAUUACAACAGUGUCAUCAGAAGCAACAACGUGUAUACGGUGCGUGUUCAAAUGAGACAUGCCCACUUCAGCUUCAACUUUCUUUUUUACCAAAAUGUGCUUGGCGUGAGGAGAAUGCCACUCGGGGGAAGGAAGCAACCAGAAGACGGACAGUCGUACCCGUUCGGUCUGACCUACAAGGGAAGCCUCGACUUUCGCUCAUCAUUCAAUCUGCGCAAAAGCAUCUUUCAAAAAUUUGCGAAAAAGGAAAAAUACAUAUUUUUCAACCAUUACGUGGUGGAUAAUUUUUUGCAAAAUCGCCUGAACAAGUCAGGUGAAUUGGCAAAUUUAGUGUUACACACAGUUGAUCACAUCGGGGACGAAAUGGACGAACACAUCUACUUCAACUGUAACAUAGGAAGAAAGAACUACUUAUAUCUAACUAACCGAGAAGGGUCCUACUGCAUAAGUAGGAAUAUCAAUCUGUGCGUGAGUGCCAGGAAUGAAAAGGUGAUUUAUUUUAGUAACGAUGAGAAGAGUGUUAAAAUGGGGGGACUACAUUACAGGGAGGUGUUUCUCGAUAAGUCAUUCGGCAGUUCCCCCUUUGGGGGGGAAGACGAAAAGUCCGCAAAGGAAAAAAAAAUCAUAUGCGAUGUGCAGUUGCUGGAUCAUAACGGGGUGGAUAUAAGGAAAGGCAACCCCAACGGUGGUGCUUCUACAAAAUCGGAACGGAAAGAAGAUUCUCCCGGAUGGGAAGAACAUAAAGUGGUGGAGCCGAAGGGGGCACCUCAACGUGAGGUGAACUUCACCCCUCCACCCAGCAUCAGUGUGGACGUUGUAAAAAGCUACGAACACAUGGAAAGCCCCUGUGCAAAGCCAAAGUACAUCGACGUGCAGGUAAAACAAGCCAACGUGGUGAUAAAGUUAGCAGACCUCCUUUACCUGGGCAGUAAGUUACACGAUCUGCUGUAUAUAAUGAACAGACACGAGGAGGUGAACGUGUGCCUGUUCAGAUUGAGCGAAGCAUCAUCGAAAAAAAAAGACAGACAUAAGUGCAAAAUAAAAAGAAUGAAGCUUAUUAGUUAUUCUACCUUUAUCGUGAGGGUCAUUCUGUCCAGUUUGGAUCUCCACUUAUUCGAAAAUGUCUACUACACAAAAUUGAAGAAAUGCAAAAAAAGCAAAAUUUCACAUGUACAUGUUCAGGCAAAUUACGAAUAUCUCACCUGCCAUAAAAAGAACGAGACUCUUUUUAAAAGACACCAAUGUGAUCUAUCCCUGCAGAUAAACUUUGCAAAGAACAACAUCUAUGAGGAGUUCACUCGGGGGAUACACCUGAAGGUUAUUUGCGUUAGGACACGGAACCAAAGCAACCUCAUCGUAAUUUUGGACGAAGAAGGGGUGAAUAUUUUCCUCACGAAAAAUGCAUUUAGAGGUCUUCUCCGGCUGUACGAGGAGGCCAACGAUUGGAGGAAUUAUCGCUCCAGGGAGGUGGCCCACGGGGGUUGCUAUACCGAUGAAGGAGCAGAGCAUAUCACUGACGGUGAAAGGGUUGGUAGGUGUUCCGUAAACCUCCGCUGUGACCCGCACAAUGAGGAGAGUCGUGCACAGUCCAGGAGAAUCCAAAGGAGCAGGCGAAAUUAUGAAGAAGGGGGGGGUACACACAAUUGUGCAGACGGGGAAGACAAGGGGGGCGGAUCCACCUUCGUGAGGAGGAGAAGUCCGAAGCUGAGGGCCCUCCUGCGAAGCAAGCACUUCAAUUUUCCCCACGAUGAUUACACAGUGGUGAAUAGGACAUACGAACGAGUGGCAACCUACCGAAGCAGCGAAAUAAGUCACUUCCCUUUUGAUAGAAGCAACCCUGUGCACAUGCUCUACGUACGACGAAUGGAAAGCUUUGUAUUCCCAUCGUUGAUGUCAAAGUGGAGUGCAAGUGGGGAGAUUGUCCUGUCAUGUGAGAACUCCUUCUACGUCGUCUCUUCAACUGUUUGCAUCUACAAUGACACGAAUCACGACAUGGUGCUCCUAACUAACAACCAAAGAAUCCUUUUAUUUGCAAAGAGACCCACUUACCGAAGUACACACAGAUGCAACAUAAAACGGGAUCACUUCAUGUUGGUUCUUUUUUACAAAAAGAGCUUGUUCAUUUCGGGCAAGCUAUCUCUCCACGACCUUAAGAGUGCCAACAUAAUGGGAAAGGAAAAAUUACACCAGUUUAUGGAGCAUAAAAAGUACUUCUCGUGUAGGUUAAGUCCGGAUCGGCGUGGGAACGACCUCCUGUGCGGAGCAUCCGUUAAGGUGGUUCCCCUGCGAAGAGUACGGGAUAGUGCCCAUUUCUUUCGCCCAGAUGAGGGUAGAAAUUGUGCCAAUGGGGGAGGUGAUUCAGAUUCAAGCGGGCCUAGUAAGCACCUCACCAACCAGUACAGCAUCUACAACCGGAUAAGGAGAAAAUUUGCGAAGAUGAUCCUAAACGACGAGUGGCUCUACCACAACUUCAACAGCCAUGACGACUGCAUCUUCACCAACCUGACGGUGAUACAAAAUAACAAAACAAACGACGGGUUGCUCUACAUUCAUAUUGCACAGAUGACAAAGAUGAGGAACACCCUACCUAUUAGGGUGCACUACAGGAGUGGCAACACCGCAUGCAGCGUAAAAGCUUUUUCAUCCAAGGAAAUUUUCUCUACCGACUUGGACCUAAACGUAAGUUGCAACACGCUCAAGGGUAGCAGGAUGAAAAUAACCUACGAAAAGCGGUUAGGCUUCUCCCCCGUAGGGGAUCCAUGUGCGUCAACAACUGCCAACCACCACCCACAGAACAAUGAUCCGAAAGAGGAACACACAAAGGGGGAAUUCCCUCCUCAGAGGAGCUCCUCGAAGCAACACCACGAGGAUGUGACGCACUACUAUGUGAAUGUCAUAAAAUGGAACAACGAAAUUAUCGUCACGUGUCAUACGCUGAUUUGUCUCUACGCCGAUGAGUUGAAAAAUGUCGAAGUGAACAGGAAGAGGAUUUACUUUGUGCGCUCUUCCGGGGGAGUUUGCAAUACAUCUAAGUGUAGUGAAAGUAUUCUGUCUUCCCCCCUGACGUUUCCACUGAAACGCCUCAACCUGUACGUUGGCACAUUCAACGAACCGGUCAGCAGCAUCCACAUGGGAAGUUACAAAAAUAGUAACAUACCCAUUAACAGCUUUAAAGAGGUAAACAUAUCUGUCACACAGGGAGGUAGAGAAUGCUCAUCCUACUACGCAGUGGAGUACAAAAAAAACUGCUCACCUGGCAACCAUAGUCGGUAUAGCAGAGUCAGUUCCUUGCUCGUUAUCUACCCUCGAUUUGUCAUGCUAAAUCAAACCAACUUCAAUGUGGUUAUGUCCUCCUCCUGCAGUAGCGACUCCAUGGUGUACACAUUUGAGCGGAGAUCCAGAUCAGUUAUUAACCUCCUGGAGAGUGAGAAACGGAGCUUUUUCUUUCAAAUUGGAAAAUCUAAUAUAAGUAACGACUACGUUUUUAUGAGUGGUGGGUUAGACAUCACGAAAGAAGGAUCCUACAUUUUGUGCUUCACCAAGGGGGGAUCUUCAUCAAACAGUCUGAACAACUUGCCUCAAAAGGGUGAUAAAAAUCACCUGCACAAGUCAGGCAAAAGUGAAAAAAUAAAAACUCAAUUUGUGCACCUCAAAAUAAAAAUAAUAGAAGGGAGGAAGUUAAAAGAAGAGAGUGGCAUCCACUGGGGAUCCAACUGUCUCUUCAUAAUAAUCUCCAAUCAUAGAACGGAGAAAAAAAAACUGAAAAAAUAUCUCACCAGAAUUAACUCUCCCAAUGUGCUAAUGCACUCCAUGGAAAGUAAUGAAAAGGAAAACACUCUAAUGAACAUUUACCAUUUUAUUAAGGAGGAGGAAAAAGUAAAAAAACUUUACGUGUACAAUGACAUGGACAUAGACCUCAUGUUUGAUGUUUUUCAUUUUAGUGAGUUUGUUCACAUGAUUAGGAAAGUGUUGGAAGAGGAAAACAACGCAUGCACUGCACACAAAGAGGGUAACGAGCCACCCUAUGAACAGAAAGGAACAGUAAAUCGUUCUACCUCCCAAGGGAGACACAAUCGAACAAAGGAAAGCUUCUUCAGAAAUAUCUUCCUCGUCGAAAGUAGUGAAAACUCCAGUGCAGAUGAGCUGAUUCAGAAAGAACAGAACGCCAAUUAUGACACGACCAAACUGACCAGGCAAAACGUAAGUUACAUUUCCAACCAUGUUAACCAACUCAAAAAAUUUGUCCAAGUGAAUCUGAGACAACUCCGACGAAUAAGAAGAAAGAGCAUACGUUUGUUCCCCCUUCGGAAGAACAAAAAUGUUAAGAAUUCCUUUUUAGUGAUCUACCCAUGGCGGAAUGCUAAGACGUACCAAAUUGUGAAGUUUUCGCUCAAGAGGAAGAAGCACGUGUUGACCUUCUCACGCAGCUGUCAAAGUGGUAACCCGCCUGAUCCCCCCCUGGUGAUCAUCCUCGAAACAUUCAUUCUGAGCAAAAAGGGGAAAAAAAAAAUCCUCGUGAAGAUAUCCCAACAUGUGGAUAAUAUAGUGCACAUCCGUGGUAAGGUAAAUAUGAGCACCUUUUUCAACCCGGGGGUAGGUACCCCCCCAAGGGUAUUAAUGAACAGUGGGGAGAACACCGCUGUUGUGAAGCCAAUGCCUGAUCUACACAAUCUGGAGAGAGUAACUAAAAGGGGAUGUGAUCCAUAUAGGAGCCUCACUACUGAGCAAAUAAAUCUGCUCAAAAAGUAUGCAACCGUUGUGGGAACAUCCAACAGGGGAGCAUACCCAAAACGAUUACACACAAAAUUGCAACCACUGCAAGGACCCACGUUUGUAAGAAGACAAUUAAAAAAAAGGGAAGAUAACGCAGCACCCCCCACGUACUGCCACUUUAAGAAUAAGAACGUCACCUUUGUUGAAAGCAGGAACAAGUACAAGUUUAUUUUUACGAAGAGGGAGAAGGGAACACCGAAGGGUGGUCUACACUUCUACGUGAGCAUCCCGAAGGGCAUCCGAAUAAAUGUCUUCUCGACUGUAUUGGUGGAGGGGGAUGGAGAGGGGAAGUUAUCUCUACAGACAGGGCAGACAAGGCAUAAGGACCAAGUAAUAUUGGAAGCCCCACCGAAUGAUGAACGACUACGCACCAUGGCUCACUCCUCUCAGAGGAAUCUUUUUAAAAAAAAAAAAAACUCUCAUCUGUGCACCCUCAUGUUGCGAAACACAAACAUGUUGGUGGGUCUGCACAGGAACAACCAGCCGAACGUUGUUCUGUUUUCCCUUGGAGAUGCCACCAUAAUGGAGUUCGCAUCAUCCGACAUGAAGAAGGUACUUUGCAAGUAUGACGUGAAGGGAGGUCCACACAAUAAUGAGGGAGACAUGACACGGACGAUGAGUGAAGACGUCCAUACGGAACAUCUAACCAGCAGCAACCGUUUGGCAUGUCUACACAUGGAGUACGAAAUUCACCCCAGCGAGUGGAACAUUAAGAAGUUCGAGUUGGCCAUUUCGCCUGUACACGUUCAGGUAACUUUAAACAUGGUGGAAAACUUUGCCUACUGUUAUGAGAAAUUCUGGAGGGGAACUACACGUAGAAGUAGAAAGGUCGCAAAGGAUGUCUUCCAGUUUUAUUUCUCCACCACGUGUUCGAACGCUUCGGGGGAGAAUGACCCACCGUUCAGUUCACCUUUCCAUGUGGGUCUUCCUCGUAGUCGAAACAGUUUUGUCGACCCAAACCGGCCAAUCAAUCACAGAUCCAUCUACAGUAACCUCCUGGAAGGAAAAAAGAAAAAACUCAAAAUAGGAAAUUUUCAAGUGUCCAGUUUGAGCAUCCACUUAUCCUUCCAAAAGGAAAAUGCAUGCAGCAUAUAUCAGUAUAAAAAUAAAGGACCAUCCAAAUUAGCCAUUCGUUUUACUUACCUCAACGACCUAGACGACGCCGAUGUUACGAUGAGUCCUCUCUGUCUAAGUAAGGUCAAUGAAAAGGAGGUGCAAAAUUUUCUUAACUACCUCUUCGACUUUUAUAUGAAGGAGCUUUACAAGGGUCUCUUUUUUUACCUGACCAGGAUGAAUUUGGUAAACAAGUACAUAAGCGACUACUACAGUUUUUUUCACGUGCUCAUGGACAGCUCCAUUUUUAACGUCGACCUGUCCGCCGGUCUUAACCCGGUUAGCGGUGUUGGCCCCGUUAGGGGGGUGAGUGGAACCCCUCCGAAUGGAGAGAACAGCCAGAUGCAGAACAGACGUAAUAGAAACAACACCGCCGGAAGAAGACACACCAGUCUGACGAAUGAGUGUCUCAGAGGAAGAAAAAAAGACGAGACGCAUUUCCAUGUGGAACCCCACAGAAAGAUUGUGAGCGAUUCCAACUUUUACAUCAGAACAAAAAAGAGGGAUGUUUUAAAAAAACUAAAUAGAGACCUCUUUUACGGAAGGAAGGAGAAAAGAAUGUCCCUCUUUGAGGAGAAUGCAGAGAGCAACUGCAUCGCUGUAGAGAGUUCCUACGGAGGGAGUGAAGAAAAGGAAAGUGCCCAGGUGGCACACCCCAACAAUUUUAGCCUACUGAACAACACGCUGAAGACACUAGGGAAGGACAUCAUGUCCAGCAUUAACUAUUACCUCUACGAUGCAGCUAACGUAGGGGCGGCCACACUCAGCAGGGCCACGCUCAGUACGGCGGGAGUUCAGAGGGAGAAAUCCCAACAGCCAAACGGGGCAACCUUUUUUAAGACUGAAAAGAUGCACAUAAUGAGGCACUUUUUGGAAAACCGAUCCAACCCACCAACAGGUGGUGAGAUGCCCACUAAGACGGAUGAGGAGUUCUCCACGUAUCUGUCCCUCUACCGGAGGAACAAAAUCGUGCACGAUGAAUACGUCCCUCGGGUGUGCAGCGCAAUGGACCACCAUCUCGUACGCAACCUGGUCGUGUUGGAUUACCUGCACGACAAACAGGAGCGCAACUUGCUCCUCUUCUGUGACGAGUAUUUGGUAAUGUUCCACCGAAACAGCAGGACCAUUGUGCGGAAGCAAAACAUUGUAAAGGUCGAGAUCACCUGUGUCCAUUUCAACUUCACAUUCGACCGAGACAAAAGCUUAAUCAUAAAUUUAAGACAUAUCAUCAGGAAGAAUAAGGACAACUUCCUCGGGUUUUACUUCGACGUGCUUUUCAAAAGAAAAAAAAAAAGACUUUUACAGAAAAUAAAAAAAAAGUUAAACAGAAUAGUAUACUUCCUUUACUACAUAUUUUACUUCAUCCACAAUUACCAGCGGAAGGUAAAAGGUUUGAAGGGGAGCAGGGAUCCCCCAACGAGGAAGAACGUGAAUUCGUUCGUUACAAUUUUCGAGGGGCAUCAGAAGGUCUUUUUUUCUGUUUCCUCCCUGGUCCAUUUGGCGCGCUUUUACUUUAACAUGCGCUGCCUGCUCUUCCACAUGUGCCAGCCGUCCAGCUAA